AGCCUCACAUAAAAAGGGCUGACCAGCUCACUGAGUGUUUUCUGUUCUACAUAUUCCAUACUUUUUUUUUCUCAGCUCAUGCUGUGUUUAAAGUGUUUCCUCAGCAUGUUUUGGCAUGGGCAGCCGAGGCGAGAUAGAGCUCCAGCAUCACUGUAGGGCUCUCAGAAGGGGACUGUUGAACUUGACGGAUCACAGAGAGAAGGGGAAUCAGAGAGAAGAUUCAGAGUCAGAGGCAGCUACAACCACCUCCAAAACAAAGGAUUUAAGCUGCCAGGAAACACCUUCAACCCUUAUCCUUCUUAUUGCUUUGGUAUUACAUAAAAUACCUUGAAUGCAGCCAACGAAACAUGGCUACAAAUUCAUCAAUUGACCACUGCAAUGUGCCCAAUAAUGCCACAUACCAAACCCUCUCCUGGCUGAUGAUUGGAGAGUUCGUGCUGGGUCUGCCUCUCAACCUGUCGGUCCUCUACAUCUUCAUCUUCAGGUUCAAGUUCUGGAAGAACAAAAGUAUAUUCCUGUUCAACAUUGUGGUUGCUGACUUCUUGCUGGUGGCCUGUCUUCCUGCCAAGGCCUACUAUUACCAUAAGCACAAGAGACACAGCCAAGAUAAAGUGGCGUGUAAGACGAUGCUCUUCAUGCUGUUUCUAAACCGAGGAGCCACUAUCGCCUUCUUCAUCACAGUGUCUAUCGACCGCUACUUCAACGUGGUGCAUCUUGGAAGGAGGAAUUUUGUCAAAGUGCUGAAGAAUUCUCCUCAAAUCUCCAUUUUGAUCUGGCUGCUCCUGCUGCCCCUCACCAUCCCCACUAUGGUCAAUACCUUUGAGUGCUGCAACAGCCACGGCCGCGAAGUUGAGACUUUUCUUCACGAUGUGACAGACACCUUCAGAGAGAUCGUCUGCUUCACCCAGAUCAUCAUCCCCUUCAUCAUCCUUUUCUACUGCACGGUGCGCAUCGUCAACCGGCUGAGAAGGAAAACAGUCGGGGAAAAGACCAAACUGAGGAGAGCCGUGUUCAUGGUCUUGUCUGUUGUGGUUGUCUUCUCAGUCUGCUUCCUGCCCAGCACUAUAGCGAGAGCGGUGCUGCUGGGCGUCAGGCUGCAAAAAUGGCAGGUUGCAGAAGACGUUGUGGUUCAGGUCUACGACAGCCUCAUGGUUUUGUCUUACGUUGACUGCCUGCUGGACCCGCUGGUUUACUGCUUCUGCAACUCGGGGUUUAAAGACGCCUACUUAGCCACCUUCUGUCCGACGUUUCUUCAGACAAGGCGGCCAAAUUCCGACUGUGGCAUGGUAACAACAACUACUACAACAACGUAUAUAAAUCAAAAUCCUGGAACUAAAACUGUUUCUUUGUAGGUAUUAGAGAAAUUAUAAUUUUUUUUCUUUUAUACUGUAAUGAGAACUAUCUCUGAGGGCGUUUAUUCACCGUUACGCCUCAGCCACACAGAUAACAUAACCACUGGUCCACCCACACGGGUGUUUUCAGCUGGCAGAUUAGAUCUCUGAAAUUUUCGGGUAAAGCAAUACUUGCCAUUUACUAAAAAGACUGAAAACGCAGCAGAGGCGGAUGCUGCCCGACAUCACACCUCCGUCGGAGAGUUUGUCAUCGUCGAUCUAAAUGCAGCACAUGCUAAUGGUUUAUCUGGAGCCCUGUUUGGGUCCAGAUGUCCCACUCUGUGUGCACACACGCUUCUUUGUGGGUAAUCUGCUGAAAUAAUUCUCACUGUAAUCCUCCGAAGUUUUUUAUAACAUUCUUUUGUAGCUAAUGAGACUUACCUUUUCAACAUUUAAAGUACUAAUCAUUUCUUUCUGCACUUUUUCACUGUAAAUUCUAUACCGAUAUAUAUGCCCAAUAAUGUGUCAUAAGAAACUUAUUAGUUAAUGUUUACUGCUUUUAAUUGUUCACUGUAAAUAAAUCACCAAAGAAUAGGUGCAACGGAAUAGAGUAUUUAGCGAAGAAGUAGUCAGGGAGGUGUCAGUCAAGCACAGUCUGUACAUACAGUCCAGUGAAACUGUAAACACCGGUGUGGGUGUACAUGGAGAAUUAACAGGCUUGUGUAUAGCAUUGAGAUACUGUCUGACUUGUCCACUCAUCUCAUCAACUUCUCAGUCCCUCCCCCCUUUCCGCUAAA